GAAGGGGGCGGAGCCUGACUGGAAUAGGAAAAGAUGGAAUAAAGAUGGCGGAGGAAUAACAUAAGAAGCUCCAGCGAUAUUGUCGUGAAGAGAAUUGGUUUUUUUGGUCGGUUAAAGGUUGGAUUAAACGCCGGAUAAUCGCAGAAAAGUGUAAAAGAGCCACCAUGUCGCAGAAUAAAAGUGGAUACGUGCAGUUCGUGGACAGCGGCUCACCUCCGCUGCCAAACCCCGGGCAGCCGAACCCCGUCGGAUUCGUCCUGCCUCCUCCGGACUACAACGGGAUGCCCGGAGUCCCGGGAGAACCCGGAGCGCCCGGCGGUGUUCCCUUUCCUCCUCCGGGAGCUUUUAUGCAUCCGAUGUACGGUCAGGGCGGACCCGGAUAUCCACCGGCUCCCUUUCCACAAACGACUCCCUACAACCCAGCACCUCCGAAUCCGAAUCUCACUCCAACUCCGAAUCCGGCUCCGAAUCCGGCUCCGAAUCCGGCUCCGUACCAGUACACUCCGGAUGCAUCCAACAACUUUUACCAAAGUGACGAGCCUCCUCCGGUGUACCACCACGAGGAGAUCACCAUCUCGGGAUUCGAUGACAAAGCAGUGAGACGAGCGUUCAUCCGCAAGGUCUUCCUCGUUCUCACCGUGCAGCUGGUUGUCACCUUCUCCUUCGUCGCUCUCUUCACCUUCGAGCACAACAUCAAGACGUUCGUGAGGCACAACAUCUGGACCUACUACGUGUCCUACAUCAUCUUCUUUGUUUCGCUCAUCACCAUCAGCUGCUGCGGAGAAUUCCGCCGCAAACACCCGUGGAACCUGGUCGCCUUGUCGGUGUUGACCCUGAGCUUGUCGUACAUGACGGGCAUGAUCGCCAGCUUCUACGACACGGACGCCGUCAUCAUGGCCGUCGGCAUCACCGUGGUGGUUUGCUUCACAGUGGUGCUCUUCUCUCUGCAGACCAAGUACGACUUCACUUCCUGUGCCGGAGUCCUGUUCGUGUGCCUGAUCGUCCUCUUCGUCUUCUCGAUCCUCUGCAUCUUCAUCCGUAACAACAUCCUGCAGAUCGUGUACGCCUCGCUGGGCGCGCUCCUCUUCACCUGCUUUUUGGCCGUGGACACGCAGCUGCUCCUGGGGAACAAGAAACUGUCUCUGAGUCCCGAGGAGUACGUGUUCGGGGCGCUGAACCUUUACCUGGACAUCAUCAACAUCUUCCUGUUCAUCCUACAGAUCAUCGGCCGAAGCCGUAACUAACACACAGCAGGGAGAUUAAACGCAGGCCUUUUACACGUCGCUUCUGUCUUUAAUAUCUUUAAAACUAAACUAGCCUGUUUUAUCAACGUUUGUGUAAAAAAAUGAAUAAAUAAAAUGUGAACCAGCUUAUUAUUAAUAUUAUUAUUAUUAUUAUUAUUAUUAUUAUUAUUAUAUUAAAUACCAAUCCAGUAAACGGAUUCCACUUUCGCUCCACACAGUCAAUCCAUCUUAGCUAAUGUCGCUAACAUGUAAUGGUUUAGCGUGGUGUGCUAAACGCGCAUCCCAAAAUGGCGUCUCGUCAAUCAGCUUUUGUGGCGUCGUCUCCAACAAAUCUGGACUUUUUUUUUUUUUUUUUAAUAAAAAUCAGCGCUCAGAUUUUUUCACCAUCUUAUCAUUACUACAUUACUUUCCCGAUUGCAGUGCUGCUCUUCCUGUAAAUACAGAUCGGAAUCUCCUCUUAGAUCGUUUUUUUGUUGUGAUGUUGUGAGUCUUGCAUUUAUUACCCCCUUAAUGCAGUGAUCAUUUAUCUGUAGUGUGUAACGAUAUAUUAAUAGACCGUUAACUACCGUGUGAUAUCAUUUUUUUUUUUUUUUUUCUUGAACUAACACUUAGACUUUUAGUUUUAUUAAAGGUUCUUAAAUCAAUCUUUGAUUAGUUUUCAUUGUUGUAUUUCAAAAUAAUUGUUCUGUUUAAUUAAAUCUGUAUUUUUCAAUAAUGUAUGUCUGAUAAAUGAAUAAAAAACCUUUUUCCCUGUCUGA